GUUUAGUGCCCAGUGGGAUAUCGGAUUAUGUUCGGUUUUUGAGAGCGUUUUCGAAUAUAUGGUUUUGCAGAAAUGCGGUUGUUCUUGUUAGUUUGUUUGUGCCUAGUUGACAUAGCGUUUGAAAGAUCGGCAGCGGCUUGUCCUGCCGUAAGUUUGAAGAAUGGUAGAAUAAGGUCUAGACAGAGAGGAAGGUUCCUUAAAUUCAUAUGCAACGCAGGAUAUCUUUUAGCUGGAGAGAAAUACAGCAUCUGUACGCACGGUAGAUGGGAUCUGCCACCCCCAAAGUGCGUUCGUCCAACCUGCCAAAAUAAAGCGAAAGCGCCUGAAAACGGGCUGAUAUUUCCUUCGCACGGAGGCGGCGUUUUAAAUUUUUAUUGCAAAGCGGGCUACGAAUUGCGAGGCACCUCUGUCGCUUAUUGCGACGGCCUUAAGUGGGAUAACGUGCCGCCCACAUGUUUCCCCACUGACAGGAAGCCGAAACUGUUUUGCGAUUUCGAAGACAACGACAUCUGCAGUUGGACUCACGAUCUAAACCACCACUUCGAUUGGAAACGAGAAAGUUAUCAGACGCCCAGCGGGUCGAUAGGAACGGGGCCCAGUUUCGAUCACACCAAAGGAGCAAAAGGCAAAAAUGGUCACUACAUGUAUAUCGAAUCGUCCUCGAGGUGGGAAAACGACACUGCGCGACUGAUUUCGCCCGUAUUCGAUAAGAUGGCCACCAACAACACCUGUUUGGAGUUUUGGUACCACAUGUUCGGCAAAACGACCGGCACUCUGCGCGCCUACGUGAAAAAAGUCAAAGACCCGUGGCCUCUCUCCCCCCAAAGCGCAAUAUUCAGCAAAAGCGGCAACCAGGGCGACAUGUGGUAUAGGUCGUUUCACAAUCUCGGUACCAUAGACGACGACUUUCAGGUGGUUAUGGAGGGGGUGAGGGGCCCGGGGUACGUGAGCGACAUCGCCAUCGACGACGUUAGAAUCAUCGAAAAUUGCGAUCCGGACGAUUAUGUCUACACCACCACCGAAGAACCGGUAACCGAAAACGAAACGCCAAAAACCGUCGAAUCGUGCGCAAACAGGUGCGGACUCGUCGCUUCAGGCAACGACGGAAACACUAUGAUCGCUUGCGACUGCAAUGACAAUUGUUUCGACCGAAACCGUUGCUGUCCUGACUACUUCGACGUGUGCUUAGCCGUUGCGUCUUCGACGUCCGAUGUGUACCCUACGACGACGGACGGCAGCGCCGCCCGCGAGACUUCUGCGCAAACCGAAACUACGGACGCGACCACCCAAUACAAGCCUCCUACGAUUCGUAAACGACCGGCGGUCGCGGUUCCGAACGUCACAAGGAGACCUAUCGUUUUACUCACCCCACCACCGGUUCCGGAAUACGUCGAGAAAGUAAACCCGAAAUGGCCGCCCUUACGGUUCCCGCAUACCGCGAAACCCGUUCAAAACGUCGAAACGAACGACGUGAUCGACUUGCCGCCGCCUUCAACGAACGACGACGACGACAACGGCAACGUCGCGGUCGUUGCUACGGCGACGACGCCUCUUGCCGACGACGAAGACAACUCUGCGUUUGACAGGGACGAGUACGUCGAGGAAUUGGCGAAGGAGUUUGAAGUGCCGCGCGUGCGCGCCCUCGACCCGAUCCACAAUAAGGAGUUCGCGCAGAGACAAGACGAACCGUCAGACGUGAAAACGAUACUCGCGGUUGUGACAUCGUGUUGCGGCGUUGCCGUUUUGAUAAUCGUGGCGGUGUCGGUGCUCGCGCGACGCAAGUGUGUCAAGUGUUACAGAAAAAGGAUAGCCGCGUCAUCAGGCAACGGGGACAGUCAGAGUGACGUAAGGUUUUUGACGGCCGAUGAAGUGCUGGACUUUUCGUUGGAAAGGGACUAUGACGACUUGUGAUUUCCUAUACGUCGAUGUCGGAGGGGAUUUCCUAAUUUAUUGAAACAGUUUCCGUAAAUAAACGUCUUGUUUCUAACGAGCGGUCUUUGAUUACUAUUUUUAGUACUGGAGAAAUACUAAAAAAUAAAUAUAAAUAUUUUUAUUAU